UGAGCUGUGUCAUUGACUACAUCCGACAGAAAAUGGAAACCAAAAUGAAGAAAAAGUGUUUUUCUCUUGUGAUUUUAAUGCUGAUCUUCUUCAAUUCAAUUAAUCUUUGCAGAGCUAUUUCAAUGGAAACCAACAGCACCACGACCUCCUUUAUCGCCAACGACGAACAAUUGGAGUUUCUAAUGGAUUCCCACUUCAGUAGAAUCCUUCAAGGUAGUGGAAGUGUGGCCAACAACGCCCUCAAGCCUGGCCAGGCGGCGGCAGGUUGUGGGAGAAAUCCUUAUGAUAGCUGCCUUUCGAACCCGAAUCGCCCCAUUACGACGCAAAUUGUGGCUAUUACACCCGUUCCUGCGGCAGAUCUCCGAUCUGGAGUCAGAAUCGCCAAAAACUUAGCCAAAAUCCCAGAAAAGGAGAGAAACCUUUCGGUUUCUACUUUCUCUGACGAGGCGCAAAACAGGCGCGAUGGAAGUCAACGGGGUUGCUGCUGUCGUUUUGGUGCAAGGGGGAAGGUUUCGGGCACCGCAUCCACUGACAUGUCGGGGAGCGGCGCGGCAAGCAGCUAGGGUAACUAAGGUUUCUGAAAAAAGUUUAGGUUGUGGGCUAUUGGGCUUUGUUUUGGGGCCAUUUUGUAAUUGGACUUUUAAUAAUGGACUUUGUUUUUUAUUUUUUAUUUUUGUUUUUUUGGUUUAGUUUGGGUUGGGCUGGGCAAAAUUGGGCUGUUACAGCUGCCCCUCUUUGCUCGUAGUUAUGUAAUGAGAAUGGAGCAAAGACUUUAAAAAGGACUAAUUUUGUCUGGUCUUGCUAAAUCUCGACUUCUUUGGUACUUCUCUUUUUCAAGUA